AUGCCUCAUUGGACUUUUGAGCUCAGCCCAAACGCUUUGUCCGCGGCCGAGAAGGCUACACUCGCUCGUCAAAUCACUGAGACUGGUGGUGAAGCGCCACCAAAAGCCAUCUUCUUCUACAUUGACCACGCUGCAAGUGGUUUCCCCUCCGAAGAUCGGCGCUUGGCAUUCAUUGCCCGCGUAAACAAGAUCGUUCGACCCAUCCUUGAACCAAAAGAUAUCAAGUGGGAGUACAACAUCUACGAGCAUCCUCGAGUCAACUGGAGAGUCAAUGGUAUGAUUCCGCCUGUUGAUCAUCCAGAUAUCUGGCAGCAGUGGUUUGAGGGGAACCAACCUGUGAUGUAUGAUGACCAGCUGCCGCCAAAGGAUGAAAAAGUGAUCUUCCACAGUGUGGCAGAGGAUUGA